AUGGAGCGGCGCCCCCCGCCCGCCGCCGCCAAUCGGUGCUACGCGCAGCGCCGUUUCUGGGAGGAGCGGUACCGCCAGGCGGGCGCUGAGCCCCAGGAGUGGUUGGGCGGCUUCGAGCGGUUCCGCGCGUUGCUGGAGCCCGAGCUGCGUCCCGAAGACCGCAUCCUCGUGCUCGGCUGUGGGACCAGUGCCCUGAGCUAUGAGCUGCACGAGCUGGGAUACCGCGACGUCACCAGCAUCGACUUCUCACCCGCCUGCGUGGAGGCCAUGCGCUCCCGCUAUGCCCACUGCCCCCAGCUGCGCUGGGCCGUCAUGGACAUGCGCUCCCUGACCUUCCCUGAUGCUUCCUUCGACGUGGUGCUGGAGAAGGGCACGCUGGACGUGCUGUUGGUGGAGGAGGCUGACCCCUGGCAUGUGUCCUCCCGCGGUGCCGCUGCGAUGCACCGGGUGCUGGCAGAG